AUCUUCAAGCAGACCCAACACAAUCUGAUGAGACCACAUAGACAAUGUGUACAAUACUUAUCUUCCAUACUUUAGUACUAUCUUCAAUACUUGUUCCCAUAAAUAGUAAAAAAAGAGAGAAAAUCCAGAAAUUACAGCUUAGGCAACAUGCUGACGUGUAUGCCCACAUGCAUACAAUGGACAUGAAGAGACAUGCAUUGGAGUUGAUUCAUCCAGAAACUUCGCUUGUACGCCUAAAUCGGUUAUUUUAAGUAUAGUUUGUUUACAGUAUAAAAUUAAAAAGUUCAUUUUGAAAGAAAACCAAGAAGAACAAAGACUUAAUGAAUCAAAAAAAGCCUGUGAUUUUUCAGAAAACAUUCCCACAGUGAAACACAAACAAUGAGCUGGCUCCUCCCAUCACAACCUCAUAUGUGACCAUUACACACAAACUAACACAACUCUUUCUCUCUCUCUCCAGUCUACUGCGACAUUAGCUCUGACUGAAAAAAAAUGGCAGAAGAAGAGGCUGGUAUUUAUGUCAACCAGGAACAGUUCAGCUGUGCAAUCUGCAUGGAACUUCUGCGAGAUCCUGUAACCAUUCCUUGUGGACACAGCUACUGUAUGAUCUGCAUUAAGAGUUUCUGGGAGCAAAAGAGCCAGAGGAAAGGGUGCAGCUGUCCAGAAUGUAGGCAGACCUUCUCCCCGAGACCGCCGCUCAACAAAAACACACUAUUUGCUGAUGUUGUUGAGAAGAUGAGACACACUGGAAUUCGUCCCCAAGCCAUACCUGGAGAUAAGACUCAUGAAGGAAUUUCAACGGAAAACCAGGUGCUCAUUAUGGCAUGUGAGCAAGAGCUGAAACAAUCACAGAGAAAGUGUCAGCAGAAAAUAAAGGAGCGUGAGGCAGAGCUGCAGCAGCUGAGUCAAGCUGUUCUCUCUCUCAGGAGUUCUGCCAAGUCAGCAGUGGAAGAGACAGAGAGGAUCUUCAGUGAAUUGAUGCAGUCGAUUGAAUAUCUGUGUUCAGAGCUGAUAGAGAUGAUUAAUGUGAAGGAGCAGAUGGAUUUAGAUGAGGCACAUGGAUUUAUGGAAAAACUAGAGCAGGAGAUCGCAGAGAUGAAGAGAAGAGAUGCCGAAUAUGAUCUGCUUUUACGACUUGAUGAUAAGACUCAGUUCCUGAAGAGUUACAAUUCAGUGUGCAGUCUGCCAGGGUUGGAGAGCUCACCUGAAGUCCUGGUCAAUCCGGACUUUUCCUUUGAGUUGGUGUCGAAAAAACUAACAUAUCUCAGUGAAGAUGUCAAAAAUCUGUGCCAGAAGAAAUUAGAGAAAUUAUCAAAGAAAGUAAAAAAUCUUAAAUUUAUUCCAACCCCUGAGCCCAAAGUCAGAGAGCAGUUUUUGGAAUAUUCAGGUCCCCUGACUCUGGACCUGAACACAGCUCACAAAAAUCUCAAUGUGUGCACUGAGAGCGGAGAGGUGACGUUCAGCAGAUCAGCUCUGUCUGUUCCUGACCAUCCAGAAAGAUUUGAUAUCUAUCACCAAGUCCUGUGCCGAGAGAGCGUCUGUGGGCGCUGUUACUUUGAGGCGGAGUGGAGCGGUAAAGGGCCUGUGCAAAUAGCAAUGUGCUAUGAUGAGAUCAGCAGAAAAGGAAUAGGUGGCCUAUGUGCAUUUGGACACAAUGCCCAGUCCUGGAGUUUGGUGUGUUCUGAUGAUUCGUAUGCAUUUUGGCACAGUGGAAAAGAAACCAAGAUUCCCAAAAUGCAAUGCUCUCGUAGGACUGGAGUUUAUGUUGAUUUCCAUGUUGGGAUUUUGGCAUUUUACAGCAUUACAGACACAAUGAAUCUAAUCCACAGAAUACGGGUUACAUUUACCCAACCGCUAUAUCCUGGUUUUAGGAUUACCACUGGAUCAUGUCUGAGAAUUUGCUAUCCGCUCGUCUUGGAGGAGUAAUGAAAUUUACUUGCUCAACUGGUGGAGGAAAGUACUAUCACUGUCAAGGUCAUGGGUUUGAUAACAAUUUAUAGACUAAAUGCACUGUACACUCCUAAAAAAAGCUAAGUUAUUGUCAAUUUAGCAUGGAGUCAAAAAAGGAACGUACCCAGACUAAUUAAUAAAAAAAUAGAUUUAAAAUAUAUUUAAAAUGUUUUUAUAUUUAAAGGAACAGUAUGUAAGAUUUAAUUUUAUAUCGAUUAAUCAUAAAAUGGCCCUGAUAUAUCACUGACAACAGUAGUCUGGCCAGGAUAUUGUCAUUUAAAAAGUGGAGUUGCAGCCCUCAACUGAUGUUAAUGUUGUCAUUUUGUGUAUUGGCCACCAGUUGUGUGAUUGCAGUACCAGUUUUAGCCACAAGUUUUGUGACUGCAGUACCAGUUUUGGCCACAAUCCUACAUACUGUUCCUUUAAAAUAACACAGCAUUUUGGGUGGAAAUAACCCAGCAUAGGUUAAAUUACAAUUGGGUUUUUCCCUUUUUGACCCAACACUGGGUUGAAAAAAGCCAGUACUUACAAAUGUAAGUCAAUUUAAAUGUACAGUAUGUUUUUUUAGCGGUAUCUAGCAGUGAGAUCUCGAAACGCAAUGAGAAUCUACGGUAGCUGCAACAGGACAAACAUGUUGUCAUCUGAGACAACAUAGGGAUGAAGAGCAGUUUGUCCGUUUAGGGCUACUGUAGAAAUAUGUCGCCGACUUUCAUAUAAGGGGACCCACGGAGUUUGUAGAUAAAAAUGGCCCAUUCUGAGAUAAUAAAAACAAUACAGUUCAUUAUGUAAGGUCUUAAUACAUCACUGAUAAUAUAGUUAUGUAUAUUAUAUUAUAUUGCAUUACACAUUGCACUAAUGUAUAUGUAAAAUGUGCAGUAUAUGUAAGUGCCUAAGCUGUUAUAUACGUCAAAAAAUGGUCCCUAGCCGUCACUGGGGCGGUACCCUUUCAAAAAGUACACCUUUGCACCUAAAAAGUUCAUAUAAAUACCUCAGAGGUACAGUACUGUGCAAAAGUCUUAGGCCACCAGCCCAGAAUUAGAUUUGUUGUUUUUGCAAUGUUAAAGUGAUCAUAUAUAAUUGUUUCUCAGUCUCUUUCAGAAUACAUCCAGAAAUACAGGAAAUGUGUAUAUAGUAUUAAAAACUGUAUAAAAAUGUAAACUGAUGUGUCAAGUUUUUAGGGUAAACUCCCCUUCCACUUGAGCAAUAUAGGAAACUGCAGGAUCUCUUAAACUGAAAUAAAACUAAAUCCUAAUUAUAAAGAAAUUUGUCUUUUUACUUCAUUCUGCUCAAAAGCGUUGAAGAUGUGUUUAGUGCCAAGAGAGGUCACAUUAAACACCAACGAUGCCUAAAGAAGACAUUUAGUCAUGACAUUUUUUUUUACAUAUUUCCUGUAUUUUCUGUUUGUAUCUUAAUAAAAUAGAUUGAAAAAAAAUAUUGAUGGACAUAAAACAACAAGUCUGGUGGUGGUGGCCUAAGACUUUUGCACAGUACUGUAUAUAUUGGUACCAAAUAUCUGUACAUAUUCAGACCUAUUUAAAGGGUACUGCCCCAGUGACAGCUAGGGACCAAUUUUUCUGACAGUGUAGCACAUACUGCAUAAUAUAAACAUGUUUUAAUAAAACAUUAUUGUAAAAGGCAAAUGUAUUAAGUAUUGUGCUGUCACAAACAAAGAUAUUUAAGAGAUGUUUGAACAUACACAGUUUUAAGAUUAAACAGUUGGCCACUAUAAGUGUUUUUGAAAUACUGAAUACAGUGUUAUACACAGUUACUUGGCAAACUGGUGUUUCUUAUCAUAUCUGUUACUAUAUUGCAUUGGCAAAACAGCAGCUGGGACCGUUUUAAUAAGGCCUGGGACACAGUGAACUGUUACAUCUUAAAUGAUUAUAAAUCCAUGGGAGACCACAGACAUAGGGACAGUGUCAAACGAUUAUUUAAUGUUAAAAACAUAAUCCUCGGAACGCACACAUGAUUCGACCAGACCACAAGACCAUACACAUAGUAACGAUUUCAAAGUGACAAGAUCUCACAGAAAGAUCACAACAUGAAAUGAGAAAAACAAAUGCUCUUGUUGCAUGACACAUCAUAAAAGCACUUGUACAGUUGCCAAAGUCGAUAUUCUUUCUCAAUACUCCUCUUUCAUGUCAUGUUUAUGGGUAACUUGUUUUGGCUAUAAAACCAUGCAACAUCCGAUUGAAACUUGCACGCUCUCACUGCCAGAUGUCAUAUCAGUAGCAGGCCAAUUAAAAAGUCCUAAAUAUUAAAAUUGUUUUGGGAUCGGGGUUCCAAUGCAACAGCAGCAAAAAAACAUAUGAAUAUAUGUAUAAAUAAAAUAAAUAAAAACGUGUGUGGAA